UUUUACGUUGUUUUAUUGUGCUGUGGAUUUUGGAAAUAUUUUGAAUUAUUAAUUUAUUCAGUGGUUAAUCCCGCAUAUGCAUACAUGUGUACGUUGUAAAGUUUAACUUGUAACACCAAUAGUUAAAUGAAAUAAAUGUCCUUGUCACCAAGGAAAUGGUUGAAUUGCGAAUUAUCCAUUUUAAAAAGCAUACAUAAAUGAUGCGUCAAUUGCUAACAUAUUGAUGACAUUAAUGUACCAAUGCCAAUGCGUUUGCACCAUGUACAGAUCAAUACAAUGCCUAUUGAAUUUAAUGUAUUGUAAAGCUGCUAAAAGUAAAUAUUUUACAUAUGAGCCGCACACAUCCUAUGACCUUUGACACAUUAAGCGCAUGUGAAAUGUACUAAAAACAAAACAAUGUAUUUUCUUGACGAUCUCAAUUGUAGUUAAAAAAAACGACAUGCAAGUGCGUUCUCAAUGAAUGUAAUAAUAUCAUCGAAAAUUGUGCUUCACAGACUGUCCUUUGACCCUCCCACAGUGUAGCUGUUUGUUAUGUAUUUCUGCCCCAUGGUGGCUGCUCUGCCUCUAAAUUAGGAAACUGAGAGUUGAGAAUAGAGGAGACACAGACAUACUGAAGCGUGACUCACAGAGGGCUGAUACUGAAGCUGUAAGGACACUUGAGACUGAGUGACCAGGCUGCGUCUGUGUGAACACUUCUUCUUCUUCAAUGGCUGCUGCUGCCCUCUCUGCUACUGUUCCGGAAGGGUUUCACUAUGAAACGAAGUACGUCGUUCUCAAUUACCUGGGCCUCAUCGCACAGGACAGGCCGCAGGGGCAGCAGGGUGCUGCAGUAGAAGGCGUGCAGGGAGAGACACCACAGGAGAAGGAGGUUGCUGCAAAAGUCAAAGCAGAGAUCGAAGAGGAGCUGAAGCUUCUUGAAGAGGAAAUUUCGAAAGCCUUCACGAGCACAGGGUUUGACUGCCACACGUCUCCAGUUUUCAGCCCUGCCAACCCGGAGAGCUCAAUAGAGGACUGCCUGGCACACCUGGGGGACAGAGUAUCUCAGGAUCUGUCAACGCAUUUACACACCGCCAUGCAGAGCCUGCUCAGCUUACCCCUGGACUACAAACACUACAAAGAAGCAGUUCAGCAAGUUGCAUCUCAUUCUCAAGGAUGGAGUACGGUGUUGGUGCCUCUGGUGCUCCUGCAGAGGCUCCUGAAAGAGCGGACAAGGCAGGGCCAGCAGCCCCUCGGCCCCCUUCUGCAGCUCGGAGUCCAGUAUCUGGAGGAGGCUGCGGCUGACUACAUCAUCCAGCAGGGCGGCUGGGGCACAGUUUUCAGCCUGGAGGAAGAGGAGGAUCAAGGGAUCAUUGUUGAGGACAGCAACGACAUCUACAUCCUGACCAGUGACAACUCUGGCCAGGUGAGCCCCCCCGAGUCGCUCACAGUCCUGAGCUCCUGGCAGUCUGACAACCUGCCCGUGUCCCUUUCAGUGAGCCAGAGCUGGCAGACAGAGAGCCUGCCAGUCUCCCUUGGACCAGAGUCCUGGGCACAGGUCACCAUGGACCCAGAAGACCUCAAGAGCCUGGACAGCAACGAGGGAGGGGAGGAGAGGAGCGAGAAUAAUUCCUCCAACUCGGACAUAGUUCACGUGGAGAAGGAGGAGAUUGCAGAGGACGAAGGGGCCAUAUCGGUGGCAGAAGUCCUGGAAAUCCAGGAGGCCCAAGAGUCAGUUUUGAAGGCUGAACUUGAGGAGGAGCCACCGGUGACCCCACCAGCACUGCUGGAAUCCACCGCUCUGUCACCACCGGCUGCUGCUGCUGCUACCGCCGCUACCGCCGUCAUCCCUCAAGAGGAGACGCCAAGCAGUGUGCCAGAGCCUACACCGGUACAGCAACUUGCAGCAGCUGAAACUGCACCGAAAAUAGCAGGACCACCCAAGCCUCCUGCAAUCGUGGAACCUGUAACGGAGCCAGCCAAACCGGCUGUGCUGGCAGAGGAGUUGGUAAUAAAAGAGGUGGUGGUAGAUAUCUUGAAAGAGAGCCCAAAAGUGGUGCCAAAAGCCCUGAAGGAAGCAGAAAAGGUGCCCUUAGCUCCAGAGGAGAAGGUAGAAACAGUGCCACCAGAAGCGGAGAAGGAGAUCUCUUUGGCAGACGACAAUGCGUUCCUGUACUACGGGGGUACAGCUGCCGUCGCAGUGAUGGCACUGGUUGUUGUCGUAGCGCUGGUUUUGAGGAAAAAAUAGUUUAGGAUUUCUAAACCACAGCUUGCUGCCCACCACUUCUAAGCUCAAAUUCAAAAAAAGUCAGUAGUAGGAUGUUAUUGCUACCAGUCCAUGUAUUGGAUUUGAAUUAAGGGUGGCAGGAUUCAAUAUUACUGUCCAUGCAGCGAUGCAUUGCUUAUGAUAUGAUGGUUUUUAGUUCUAUUGUAAUUCUAAUUUUAACAGGGUAUUCAAGCCCUGUUUUCUUGAGGGAAUGGGGAUAGGGAAAGUUUUGGGAGGGGGGGGGGGCGCAUUUGACUGAGACACUGACUUCAGUAACCCUGCCCUGUUUUUCAACAAGCACUGUUUUUUUUCAAUGUCUAAGGUAAAACUAUAAAUAAGUACAGUACAGUGCAGAAGGCACUAGCCAGAACGUUUUUCUGCUUGACUUCUUAUAGUUUUACCUUAGAAUUGUGAUUUUAAAUGUUUUGAAGUUCAUAUCUAACCUGAUUUUUGUCCAUUGCUUGUUGCGUAUUAUCAUGUAACUGAUUGCAAGAUGGAUUUGCUGAAAUGGCUAAGAAAUGAAAAAAGAUAUCCCAAACCCUUUAAGGAACCCCACUGUGCCGUUAAAGUGGUUAACACUUAUCAGGUUUUAAAAUGAAAAUACAUGCUUACAGUGACAAGCAUUGGAGACCUGUAUAGCAAGUGUGAAUAUGAAUAAAAUAGAAUAAAACUGGAGAUGCCACCAAACUUGCCUCGGUGCAAUGUGAUGUAAUAUUGUAUGGUGGUCAAGGCAAAGUACACUGCUGUUACCCUGUAGUAAUGAAAUUGUUAAUACAAUUGACUUGCAAUAUCCCAUUUAUCCAGAGGUCUGAAUGAUCUGUUCUCCACUUCCAGAUACAACAGUUAUUCAGCAAUUUAAUAUUCCUGUUAUCUAAACUCCACUGGAGCUCUGCAGGCUCCUUUCUUUCUCUUGUAUGGCUGUGGAAUCUAAAGCAUCACCUUCCUGAAGUGUUUCUUUUGCUUGGAUGUUCAGGUCUCUUAGGGUGUUAAGACUUGCAAUAAGAUUGGAUCCUAGUUCUUCUGCUCUGGGGCCCCUCCACCCCCUGCAUUAUGCUAUAAAAUACAAACUGCAUUCACCUGGGGUUGAAAAAAAGGGGUUACCUAAGUCUUCUUCAGCUAAAGCACAGUGUACCCGCUUUUAAGAUCCCCCUUAGUGAACCCGAUUGCUUAAUAAUGAUUUAUUAACCUUACAAACUGACCUGCUUAAGUGAAGACAAUCAUUGGUCCUUUUAUACUUCUUUAAAAGUUGGACACUAAACCAAUUAUAGUUGUUUGUAAUGAAUUUAACGUUUAGAUUCAGGGUGGUUUCAGUUCCGUUCUAGUAGUCUUUAGGGUUAUAAAUUGAAUGUGAAUGUGUUCUGGGUUGAGUUCAGGCAAAUAAAUUGCAAAAAAAAGAAUUUGGAAUUCAUGUUGUGUUUUUUUUUUUUAAACCUGUUUUUCCCUUAAUCCCAAUGUAGAUUUUUUUUUUUAAUAUAAACUGCUACUGUUCCAAAAUGAAAUCCUCUUUUCCAAGGAAUGUUUUCUUGCUGCAAUAAACAAAGUAAUGUGUAUUACC